AUGAACACGAAUCAGUCCAAUCCGAAUACAGAUUUAACAGAUGAUGCCAAUAUAGAACAUACGUUGCAUCGGCUGCUCACUCAGGCAAAUAAUCAUUUUGAUGAUACAGUAAAGAUUGAUGGGCAGAGUUUAGAUUUGGGAAAGGAUCUCGAACAAGUUAUGAUGGAUAAUUUAGACUGCACUGAUAUUUUUGAUUCCGACAUCGCUUCUCAGAAACACCUAACAUUGGAAUCUUUAUUUAACGAUGAACACAACACCGAUUCGAGCACACUUUUGGAAAUGCAGAGAAGUGCUAAUGAUAGCCUAGUUGGUAUUGAUCUCGAUAGGCAUAAAAAGGGUUAUACUGGCAAGGCAUCAUUAGAUAAAAGUACAAACCAAAAUAACGUACAUAAACCUGAUAAAGAACAAAAGAACUAUAAGAUAGAUAAACCCACCAUCAAGAAGAAAAAAUCCCUUUUGAAAACCACAAAUGAACCCAUGUUAUCCCCUGCAUCCCUAUCACCUUCAUCUUCGUUAGCUUCAUCCGACGCUAAUGAAUCCCACCUAAAAAUAGAAUCCAUGAUUACUGAUAUAACAUCUAAAAUAGAUUCUGCAAGACAAGACAUUGUAUCUGCAACGAAGCCUGCUAAGUUCACAAAUGAGUUUACAAUAAGUCAAAUUUCGGAAAUGAAGGCAAGAAUAAUUAAUACUCAUAAAUUGCUGCUCAAUUUCAAUUUUAUUAAAGAAGGUUACGCGAGAUCUUGUAUUCAAUUGAAAAAAUCUAUGGACUCUUUAAAGGAUAGUGAAAUUCACAGAGCACAUUUAUUGGUUGAGAAUGAUGACUUGAAGCAACAAAUCCUAGAACUUACUCAAAAACUCAAUGAAAAAUCAUCCAAGGAAAGUUAA